UCACCGGGUCCUGGCGAGGAGAUACCCACCAGCACCCGGCGAUCGCUGAGGAACAGUGACAGGGGAGAGACUUGUAUCAUGCUGCUUUGUAUUGCUCUGCAUAGCAGAGCAAUACAUAGCAGCAUGCUUACAUUGUAAAACACACACAGCACACAGUAAAACAGCACACAGUUAACCAUUUGAUCGCCCCAUAUGUUAACCCCUUCCUGCCCAGCGUCAUUAGUACAAUGUCAGUGCUUUUUAUUAGCACUGAUCACUGUAUUGAUAUCACUGGGGAUGUCGGUGGCAGUUAAUCAGUUUCCCCCCAGUGUCAGAAUGCCCGCCGCAGUCCCGCUAUAA